AGCAUGGAUGUUUUAGACAUUGAACGGCACAACAAAUUUGGAAGAAUAUACGGAGCUUUUGAAGGCACGAAACCUAUUCUUAUUGUAGCUGAACCUGAACUUUUGCGGGACAUAUUUACAAAGGAUUUUCAUAAUUUUCCUGCAAGAAGGAUAAUUAGUGCGGCAGAUCCUGUUCUGGCCAAAAUGCUAACAGUUGUGCAAGGAGAAGACUGGAAGAGAAUUCGUUCAAUAGUAUCACCGACAUUUUCCUCUGGCAAACUGAAGCGCGUUUUCAGCAUCUUUCAAGAUUGCUCUAAAACAUUGAUACAGAAUUUUAUGAAAUCGUACGAACAUGAUAUUUCAAUCGAUGUUUUAAAAAAUUAUGGUGCUUUUACAAUGGAUGUAAUUGCAAGUUCAGCAUUUUCGACGAAGAUUGACUCACAUAAUGAUCCCGACAAUGUUUUCGUCCAGAAUGCGAAGAGAGUAUUCUCUCAACCAAUUGGCAUCAAGUUUUUUCUGUUCCUUAUUUUUCCAUCAGUCAUGAAGAAAUUAAAAGCGCAACUAUUUCCAGCAGAUGUACUAGAUUUUUUUAAAAGUACUACAACAGACAUUAUUAAAGAACGGAAGAAAACCGGUCAGACCAGAAAUGAUUUCCUCCAGUUGUUGAUAGAUUCUGCAGAUGAAAUAUCUAAGGAAGAAAAAACGGAUGAGAGCACAGAUGAUAUUACACAAAAUUACGGUGAAGAGUCAAGUAACCACUCUGUCUUUAAGAACGUUAUGGCAAAACAUUUAUCAAUGGAUGAACUCACUGCUCAGUGUUUGAUAUUCUUUCUCGCCGGAUAUCAUACAACGUCAGUAACACUAAGUUUCACUUCAUACCUUCUUGCACUGCAUCAAGACAUACAAGAAAAACUGUUUCAAGAAAUAAGUGACAUAUUAAAGAAAACCAAAGGGCAACUAACGUAUGAAGCUGUGCAAGAAAUGAAAUAUUUGGAUAACGUAAUCUCCGAAUCACUUCGAUUGUAUCCAGCACUCGUGAGAUUAGAACGAACAUCUGCUGCAGAUGUCAAACUGGGAGACACAGGACUUAUUAUUCCUAAAGGUAUGUUAGUUGGAAUUCCCAUAAAUGCGAUGCACAGAGAUCCAACUCUUUUCAACAAUCCUGAGAAGUUUAAUCCAGACAGAUUUAGUCCUGAAGAAAGAGAGAAGAUUCAGCCUUAUUCAUAUCUUCCAUUUGGGGCUGGACCCAGAAACUGCGUGGGAAUGCGUUUUGCAUUAUUGGAAAUAAAAGUGUGCUUAGUGUACGUUGUUAGCACAUUUCACAUAAAUAUUAGCUCAGAAACUAAGGUUCCAUUAGAGUUCGACAAAGGACAAGGUCUCUUACGACCAAAGCCUAUAAAUCUCAAAUUUCUUCGACGAGAUAAUUGCAUCCUUAACAAUCGUGUACUUUAAAAGAAGACAAAUUCCAUACUGUUUUUUUUUAAUGCUUAAUGGGGUUACUUAAAGGAAGUUUUAGACUUAGUAGUUUAGAAGUUUCCUACUAUUGUCAAUUAUUUUGAUUCACUUUGAUUCAUUAAAUGCUUGUAAAUAUUUUAUCAUUUUUCAUAGCUUUCAUGAUUAAUGCGAUUCAUUAUUUUCUUAAUGUAUUUGUGUUGAUUUAAGUUAAAUAAAAUUUUCUUCUAUUUUAAA